AUGGGAUAUAGAAGCAAAAAAUCCCAGAGAGAUGGCUUGCUUCACUCCAUAUCUCUAGAAUCACAUCAGCCAUUUCUUCUUAGACGCCCGAACGUCCAUUCUAUCCUGCCUGCCAAUUCAAAUGACACAGAAACAUCCAUGAAUAUGUCAUUUAGAUUUGCAGCACUUGAGCCUUCCAGUAUAGCCUAUAACAAAGAGGAUCAUCUUACAUUAGAACCUGAUAUAUCUCAGAUGCAUUGUAUGCAUGAAACAGAGCAAAUAGAAGCUGAAAAUGCUAGCUGCUCUAGGUUUGUGACUUACCCUAUUGAGUCUGGUAUGCCUCAUCCUGUGAACCCAGCUACUUUGCUGUUUGCAAGUUCAAAUAUGGUGCAUUCAAUUGUCAAUGCGCCAUCUGAACUCUUGGCAACAAAAAAUCCUGUUGCAGCAAAUAAUAGAAGGCAAAGAUCUGAGAUACUAAAACAUAAAAGGUGCCAAGAAAAAAAGACAUCUAAAAGUUCACCUGCCAAACCUCAACUUCCUCUUCCUUCAGUUGUUGUCAUCCCUGCAGUGGAUACUGUGCAAUCAGAAUCAAUUCAAUAUGAAUCUACAGAUAUCUUUUCCUUGUCGAUUAUAGCAAGAACGCCAAAAAUAGGUCGGGAGGUCUUAAAUCACAUUCCUACUGCUGCUGAUCUGCUUCCUCGCCAACGCAACUGUCCCCAUUGUAGUGCAAAAAAAUUUGCUCAUGAAACAGCAAAUUUUUGUUGUUCUAAUGGGGAUGUUAUUUUAGCUAGCAAUUCAAUCCCAACUGUUCUAAAAGAACUCCUUACGUCAUCAUCUGAGGAAGCUCAACUGUUUAGGACCUGUAUUAGAACAAUUAAUAACACAUUUGCUUUCACUUCCUUUGGAGUAAAAUGUGAUAAAAAUUUGGCUAAGAGAAAUAAAGGCAUUUAUACUUUUAAAGUGCAAGGUCAGGUCUAUCAUUUCAUCAAUGAUUUAGAGACCUCAAAAAAUUUACAGUUCUAUUUUCAUGACAGUGAAAAUGAAUUAGCAAAUCGCUUAGAUGCCUACCCAAGAUUAACUGAGAGUAUUCUCCAAAAAACCAUGAAUCUCAUGCAGCAAAAUCCCUAUGCUAGAUUCUUUCGCGGCUUGAGAGAGGUUCAUAACCUUGAUACUUAUCGCAUUGUUUUACGAACACACCCUGGUUUAGACCAAAGAGUAUUCAAUAAGCCUACAGUGUCCCAAGUUGCUGCUUUAUGGGUAGAGGGAGAAGAAAAUGGAGAAACAAGCCGUCGAGAUAUUCGAGUGUACACCCAUGGUGGCCAUUCACACAAUAUCCAAUAUUACUAUGGCUGUUAUGACCCUCUCCAGUACCCUCUUUUGCUUCCUUUUGGUGAAUCUGGUUGGCAUCAAGGAAUUAAGAAACAAGGCAAAAAUGUGCACAAAAAAAAAACUAGGAAAAGGGAUGCUCAAAUUUCUAUUUCUCCAAUGAAUGCUUCUACUGCUGAAGAGUUAAUACAAAUGGAACAAGACUUAAUGGCAGGAAUAGACGGCGAUCCUGAUUUCGUUUCCAUCCGUGAAUACUAUGCCUAUAAAUUACAAAUGAGAAAUGAUGAUGAAUCUUUUUUAUUGCACUUUGGUAGGCUAUUUCAGCAAUACGUUGUUGAUAUUGCAGAAAUUCCAGAUAAAACAAAAUAUCCGCACCUGUAUAGAAUGGUUAAAAAACACAUGAUGCACGGCCCUUGUGGUGUGUUGAACCCAUCAAAGGUUUGCAUGACUAAGCAUGGCUGCUGCAAAAAUUCUUAUCCAAAAGAGUUUUCUGAGCAGACAAUUCAGACGCUAGAUUCCUAUCCAAAAUACCGAAGAAGAAACAAUGGUGUUAAAAUUAAAGUCAGAAAACAAAAACUUGAUAAUACAUGGGUUGUUCCUCAUAAUGCAUAUUUACUUGCUAAGUUCAAUUGCCACAUUAAUGUUGAGAUCUGCUCAACAAUUCAGGCUGUCAAAUAUAUUUACAAGUAUAUCUGCAAAGGACAUGAUCGAAUCAGUUUCCAUAUCAAUUCUGAUAAUCCAAACAAUCAGAUUGAUGAAAUUCAGCAAUAUCAGGCAGCUCGGUGGGUUUCCCCACCUGAAGCUGUUUGGAGACUAUUUCGAUUUUCCAUGGGAGAAAUUAAACCAGCUAUCAUUCACCUUCAAUUGCAUCUUCCAAAUUUUCAGCCAAUUCACUUCAAGAAGCAUGAAAAUUUAAAUAACAUAGUCAAAAAUCCAAGAAAUAGGAAGACAAUGUUGACUGAAUUUUUCUAUAUGAAUAGAACAGAUUCAGUUGCACAAGAACUAAAUUGCACAUACGCUCAAUUUCCAGACCAUUUUGUCUGGUUAGCUGAUGAAAAACGCUGGAAAAUUAGAGAUAGGGGAGAUUCUAUAGGCCGAAUAAAUACAGCUCAUCCAUCUGAGGGAGAAAGAUAUUACCUUAGACUUCUUUUGUCUAAAGUUCGUGCUCCAAAGUCUUUUGAAGACUUAAUGACUCACAAUGGAGUGCAAGUUACCACCUUUCGUGAGGCUGCUCUCUUGCGUGGCCUACUUGAGGAUGAUAAUAGCCAGGAAUUUUGUCUACAAGAAGCGUCUCUCUUUCAUAUGCCUUAUGAAAUGAGACGACUUUUUGCUACGCUAUUAGUUUAUUCCAGUUCUAAUGACCCCAAACAGCUAUGGACAAAAUUUGAGUCUGUCAUGUCCGAAGAUUUCAUGAGAAAUACUGAAUUGUCUCCUAGAGAAAUCAAACGAAAAGUUUUAGAGCAAAUAAAUGGUUUUCUACAGUCAAUGGGAAAAAAUAUAGCUUCAUUUGGCUUACUUCCUAAUAAUUUCUCAUUCUCAGAUGUAGACAACCAAACAAGAGAUGUAUUGGCUGAAAAAAGCAUAAGAGUUCUUGAAGAGGACUUAAAUGCGAUUUCUUUGCUUAAUCAGAACCAAAGGCAUGCAUUUGAAGCUAUAUCUAAAAGAGUUUAUGAAAAUAAGAGUGGUGCAUUUUUUGUUGAUGGCCCUGGUGGAACUGGAAAAUCUUUUCUUUAUAGAGCGUUGUUAGCUGAUAUUAGAUCAAAGGGCUAUAUAGCAUUAGCGACAGCCACAUCAGGUAUUGCUGCAUCAAUACUGCCUGGAGGUAGAACCGCUCACUCUCGGUUUAAAAUACCAAUUGAUACCUCAGAGGGCAGAGCAUGCAAAAUUAGUAAACAAAGCAGUUUGGCAAGUAUGAUUAAGGAAUGCAAAUUAAUUAUUUGGGAUGAGGCUCCAAUGUGCAAGAGAUCUGCGAUUGAAGCUUUAAAUGAUUUUCUUAGAGAUCUUAUGAAUUCAGAUAAGAUCUUUGGUGGGAAAGUAAUUGUUCUUGGGGGUGAUUUCAGGCAAACCUUACCAGUGGUUCGUAAGGGAAGCCAAUCUGAAACCAUUGCUGCUUCUUUGAUUAAUUCCCCUAUCUGGCCAGCUCUUGAAAAAUUAGAGCUCACACAAAACAUGAGGGCUCGAUUUGAUCCCUCAUUCACUGAUUACUUAUUAAGGGUAGGUGAUGGCACUAACCAAGCUGAAGAUGACAGUCUCAUACACCUGCCUUCUUCUAUUUUGGUUAGCAACGGUUCACAGAAUGCAUCACUACAUGAUCUGAUAGAUGUGGUUUAUCCUCACAUUCAUUAUAGAUCCGAAAAUCCUGCCUUGCCAUUAAAUCGAGCAAUCCUCACCACAAAGAAUCAUUUUGUGGAUGAAGUGAAUGAUAUCUUAAUUGAUAAAUUUCCAGGUACAGCAGUAGAAUAUCUGAGUUUCGAUCGAGCUUUGAAUCCAAACAACCAAGUUCAAUAUGAAGAUUUUUUAAACUCCUUAUCUCCCAGUGGCCUUCCACCCUAUAAACUAAUCUUGAAACCUGGUGUUCCUGUGAUAUUGCUUAGAAACCUCGACCCUACUGAGGGUCUUUGCAAUGGAACAAGAUUAAUUUGUAAAAGUUUGAGCAAACAUGUCAUUCAUGCUCAAAUAGCUGUAGGAGAUUUUGCUGGCAAAGAUGUCUUCAUCCAUAGAAUUCCCUUACAACCUCCAACUGAUGAACAAUAUCCUAUUCCAUAUACAAGGACUCAGUUUCCAAUUCGCUUAUGCUUUGCCAUGACAAUAAACAAAGCUCAAGGACAAACGCUUGAUUAUGUUGGUAUCUAUUUGAAGGAACCAGUGUUUUCCCACGGGCAGCUCUAUGUUGCAUUAUCGCGAGCAAGAACUGCUUCUCAAGUGAAAGUGCUCAUUAAACCUCCAUUUUUUGACAAGCCUAGAACAGACCAGGCAAAAAAUAUUGUAUUUAGAGAAGUUCUUGAAACUUCUCGCAUAGCUGCCAAGUAA